AGUUAACAUUUAAACAUUGGCCGAAAUACAACACAAAUUUAUAACGUUAACAUUCAUUAAAAACGGUUAUAUAAAUAGAAAAUUAAAAAAAAACUCUUAAUUAUGAGUUGUAGUUAUUUAUAUGAAGUAGUACGUAGAAAAUCGGAAGAAUUUGAGCAGCAUUUGGAACAAGAUAAACGAGAAAAUUCAAAUCUUUCGGAUUAUUCUAGAGAUGAUGAAAUUUGGGAAGUACCAGAAGAAAGUUUUGAAAAUGUCUAUCAGCAGAUGGAGGGAAAUGAGGAAUUACAACAAACUAGUGAGCAACAAGAUAAAUACAAUAAAAUAACCGAUGAAGUAUUGAAUUUAAAACAAUUUGAAAGUACUAGAAAUUUUCAUAUUAGUUUAAGUACGGAAAAAAUUGCUUUAAAAUCGCAAACAAAACAACCAUGUGAAAAUUCAACCAAAAUAAUCAAUAAAUCAAUUAAAACGGAAACGGAUGUAAUAAAGUCACUGACCAGCAAUACUAACACAACGAAUAUCGGUGCCAAUAAAGUGCAAUGGAAAAAUUGUACUUUAUCAAACAACAAACAUUCCUCCUCUACAACUUCUUUGCUCAAUUUUACAAUUGUGCCUAUAAAUGUGUCCACAAAAGGGCAAAAUCAAAAAACUACUGAUAAGCCGCCUAAAAAUGGUACUAUUCAAAAAUUACCUGAAAUAAAGUUGUCGUCUUUUUCGACCAGAAAAACCACUUUAAAACCUAAUACACCAAAAACAUCUACUUUAAAACCCAACAGUAGUGGAUUAUAUAUGCAUACAACGUUUAAUGAUUUGAAAUCUACUUCAAAUUUACCACGUCGCAAAUCAUCUUCCGGUUCAGAGAUUAAUAAACAUAUAACGGAAAGUUCUACCUCUCCAGAAUCUUUAUUGGAUAAUAUUUUAAGUGGAGCUUCUUCAAUAUCCGUUCAGAGUAGCAGCCUUAGUAGUAAUGGCUUAAACGGUGAUUUGGAGGCUCAUAAACAGAAACAGGAUAUCGGAAAAAGUAGGGAUAAUCUGGUACCUUCUUUAGUUUUAUCACCAAAACAUUUUUCCCGUAACAAUUCGGGAAUUUUAAAGACUCAAAUACCAGAAUUGAAAAUUAUCACAGCACCCAAUUCACCCACUAAUCAUGUCGAAACUUUAAACAACGGAACACAAGCCUCGCCUUCUUUGUUGACUAUUAGCAAUCUAUCGCACUCGGAUUCAUUUGAAACGGCUUCGAAUCGCACCAGAAGUCCUUCGGUCUCACCAUUACGCAGUUUAUCGCCAAGAGUUCCCACAGAAGCUAGUCUGUAUCCGGACGAUUUGUGCUGUAAAAUUUGCAAUGAACUUUUUAAGGAUCCCCGAAGUUUGAAUUGUUUGCAUUCAUUUUGUUUUCAAUGUAUUGUCAAUGAAAAUUUUAAACAAGAUGCCAGCAUACCAUUUUGGUCACAGCCACAAUCUCCUCAAGCUUCCUCGCCGCAACAUAAAUGUGAUGAUAUAAAUUUUAAAGGUGAGUAUUGAGUUUAAAUAUUUUGCUUCAAAUAGAGGAAAGAUCAGGCGACAAUUGGUCAUAGCUCACUUAAAAUCAUACUUGGUCCAAUAAGGUUCAUGUGAUCUUUACGCUACUCC